AUGGAUGACGGCAAAGUCCUCGAUCUAAGUCGAAACCAACAGAAAACAAUCUGUCCAAGAGAUAUAUGCUUGAUGCGAGAUGGAAUUUUAGUACAUCGAGUUACAAAGAAAGAUGAGUGCUCUGCAUCAAGCGCAAUAAGGCAUAUCUCAAUACCUUACGAUGAAUCUGACGAACUCUCUGAGACCGAGAGCACGCCGCCAUCAGUAUCAGAUCCUGGAAGUGAAGAGACGUUUUUUGAGCAUGACUGUUUCGACAUCCAUGAUGUGCUCUUCGAUUCGAUUGGAUUGGAGCGGGUCUACGAAUGUUGGCAAAAGCUACACGAGAGACGCGAAGUCAGCGUUAACGACGACUUCCAAAUGUCUGAAGUGCUGCUACUGUCGAAAAGCCUUCGAGAUGAGCUCAUCGAGGUAUACUUUAGGCAGUUCCACCCGAUCUGCCCAGCAGUAGAUCGGACAGGGUUUCUCAGAUGGUACCAAGCGCCCGAGCAGGAUGCCACCGUCCAUCCACAGCUCAUGCAAUUGGUAUUCUUGUCAAUCCUAUUCGCAGCUUUAUCCCAUGUUGAUGAGAAUUUACUGCGACGCGAACCGUGUGGCUCAGUAAAGCAUGCACAGAAAGCUCUUUUCUCGUCUGCUCAGAACUUGUAUCACCAUCUCGAACAGGAGUUCACGGGAGCUGAACAUCUCGCGCAAAGUGCAUUGCUUUUGAGUUACUGGAGUCCUUGCGACUCCAUUAGGGAGGUCAAUAGUUACUGGGUGGAGGAGGCCAUCCGCCACGCCGUGGCGGGAGGAAUGUCUGACCUAUCAUUUACUCAUCACAGAAGGAUCAUUUGGUGGUGCUGUAUCAUCCGCAACCGCAUGAUUUCCCUGGGUCUGCGCCGAUUCAGUCGGCUAGAGAGGCGGCCAGAGGGUCGACUGCCUGAGAUAACUGAUUUUUGCGAUGACAGCUCAGGUCACCACUUAAUAUCCAUCGAAGCAAACCUUUAUUUCACACGGGCAUUUAUAUUGUUGUGUAAGCUGACAAAGAUCAUGGUGGACUCGGUGAGGUUGAAAGAUCGAGACUACAACGAUGCCUGGGCCUUCCCCCGAGACCAACGAGGAUUCGAUAUGAUGGAAGAAGUUGGCAAGCUAGACGAGAAAUUGAAGGUCUGGGGCGCCAAUUUCGCGCAUCUUUACGCCUCAUUACAGGAUAUGAAUGUCCCGAGCACUGACCUCGUCAUCUUCCAUCUUAUUGGACUAAUGCAUCAGUACGUUUGCAUCAGUCAAAUCCUUUGGGAAUUGAGAUACUAA